AUGGCUCCCAAGAAGACCACCCCUGCCGCCAAGGAGAACGUCACUCUCGGCCCUCUGGCCGGUGAUGGCAAGCUCGUCUUCGGCGUUGCCCGCAUCUUCGCCUCUUUCAACGAUACCUUCGUUCACGUCACCGAUCUUUCCGGCCGUGAAACCAUCUGCCGUGUUACCGGUGGUAUGAAGGUCAAGGCUGACCGUGACGAGUCCUCCCCCUACGCCGCCAUGUUGGCCGCCCAGGACGUCGCCGCCCGCUGCAAGGAGCUCGGCAUCAACGCCCUCCACAUCAAGAUCCGUGCCACCGGUGGUAACGGUACCAAGACCCCCGGUCCCGGUGCUCAGUCCGCCCUCCGCGCCCUUGCCCGUUCCGGCAUGCGCAUCGGCCGCAUCGAGGACGUCACCCCCACCCCCUCCGACUCCACUCGUCGCAAGGGUGGUCGCCGUGGUCGUCGUCUGUAA